GUGGUACACAGUUUGAAAAUGCAGGCCGUGUCAUGCUUUGAAAAAAAUCAUUUUAUACUUGAAUUUGGUGGAAAAUGUCGGACCCUAAACGUGCUACUCUUAUAACAGUGGGUGCUCCAAAAAGUGCAAAGAAUAAUGUGAACAAAUCAAUGAGAUUAUUUAUAAAUUUAGACGAAAGCAACGAAAGUAAAUAUCCAGAGCUGAAUUACAAGGAGCUACUCUUAGCAGCAGUGAAUAGAGAGAGACAACUAGAUAAUCGUCUUUCUUUAUUCAGUAACUUGCCACUUAGCAAGACAACAGGGCUGGACCCGCAUUCGGAUAAUGAUGAUGAUGUCGAGAGAGUUGCAAGGAAAUUUGAACAGAAAUAUGGAGGGAAAAGCACUUACGGAAGGAAGGGUCGAUCUAAAUAUGAUGAAUACGCAGACAUCGGUGCUGGCUACGAUGAAAAUGAUUCUUUUAUUGAUAACACUGAUGGUUACGACGAGAUGAUCCCGCCGGGGAGCGACACCUUGUACGGCGGUUUCUACAUCAACUGUGGCUCGCUAGAAUUCAAGGCUGUGCCAGAAAACCAAUCAGCUGCUACGGAAAGAGAUUCCAACAGACGAAAUAAGAGAGCACAUAUAUCCUCGAGCAGUAGUGAAGCGGAUUCAGAGAGUUUAUCAGAUUCAGACAGUCAGGAACCAAAGGAUCCGAAGGCCAUCGCCAAUGGAGCUGUAGACUCACAUGAGACUGAACAUCGGAAGAAGAAAAACAAAAAAAUUGAUAAGAAGAAAGCCAAAAAGAAACGCAGAACUGAUUCUUCAGCAGCUACUUCCUGUAAACAUACUUCAGAUGAUAAUGCUCAAGGUGAUGCAGAGAGUGCUGACUCGCGGACCUCCCAGUCAGACUCCUUGACUUCCAAGCCAGCGCCGAGCUCUGAGAAUGCCAUCACAUCCGACAGUUCAAGAGACGCAGAAGCAAAUUUGAAACUGCCAGAAGCUGUGACUAAGCUCCUAGAAGAGUUGGAAGCAUUUAGUCAGCAAUCAAGAGACAAACCCAAGGACGACAACAAGACUGAUCAGUUUAUUAAUAUGCUGGAGCGCGCGCUGCGGGCGAGCGGCGCGUCGGGCGGCGCGGCGGCGCACGCGCGGGCCCGCGCCGCGCGCGCCCUGCGCCUGCCCCGCGCCGCGCUGCAGCCCGCGGCCGUACCAACAACAACUACCUCCGAAAUUGCUCAAUCCAAUACUGCCAAUACGACCACUACUAUCACCACUACCACUACAACCACAAGUUCUACAACUAAUAAUACAACUACAACAACGACUACUAAUGUUACUACUACAACUAGUAUAACGAACAAUAAACGGAAAGCAGAAGAAUUGUUGGAUAACAUAGAUAUAAAUAAAUUAACACCAGAAGAGAGAGAAGCAAAGAUUGUGGAGACUUUACAAAGACUAAAGGUGCUGAUAGAGGAGCGCAAGCCGGGCAUGAUGGCGUCGUACAACGCGGAGUGCACGCGCGUGCAGGAGGAGAAGAAGAAGCAGGCGGCGCCCAGCGCGGACCGGCGGCUGCCCAAGCGGCGCUUCCCGUGGUGCGCGCGCGCGCGGGCGCUGCUGGCGCGCGCCGCCGCGCUGGCGGGCGCGCCCGACGCCGGCGCCGCGCUGCUGUGCGCGCGCGCGCUGCCGCUCUUCCCCGCCGGCUUCGUGCGCGUGCCCACGCUGCUGCGCCAGGCCAACUUGAGCAAGGAUGUGAAGGCGGCGGAUCUGAAGCGGCAGAGGGUCGUGCCGCCCGCCCAGUCCGUCAUAACGAGCGCUCAGUUCACGGAACCGAUUCAGUUUCCGAGCUCCCUGACGGUCACGACGUCGGUGAAAUCUUAUGAAAAACCUGAGGAGGAGAAGGAUUCCAAGUACAAAGUGAACCCUGCGGCCGUCUUCGGAUCGAUAAUGAAUUCCUACACGCUCAAUAAGGACCUGGUGAUAGAAACGCCUGAAGAUCGAAAGAAGGAAUUGGAUAGAAGUAAAGAAGACCCAUACAUUCCAAAUAACAUUGGCAGUAUAACGAUAACUCCAGUUGUGAACAAUCAAAAAGACAAAAAAGUCAACAGUACUGUGAAUGAUAAAGCAAAGGAAUCCCUCAUACGAGUUAAGUCACCGGCAGCUCUCAAUGAAAUGAUACAUAAAAAAGAUAAGGAGAAACAUAAAAAGCCAGAGAAACCAGCUCCACCUGCCCGUGAGAAGAGUGUUCAAUCUCCUCUCCACAUAGAUACAAACUAUCAAACCAAAAAGAGUUCACCCAGUCCAAAAACUAAAGAUGAAAUAACUCAGAAGCAAAUUGAAAGUAUGAGGAUAGCAGAAAAUAAUAUACCGAGACCUGGGUUAGUUUCAGUCAACCAUUCACCGACAUUCGCUAAGCCAGACAAGAGGCCACCUGAAGUAAAAAAGAAGAAGGACAUUGUAAUUAUUUCCGAUAUGGAUCCUUUAGCCGAUGUCCCCCAAGAGCCGCUGGCUGUCGAUGACAGUAGCAGUGAUGUUGAAGUGGUUGAGGAUAAAUCGGACAAGAUUGAACUAAAAGCUAGUGAGAAUAAGAGUGUUACAGUGCCUUUGAAGGACAAAGUGAGUGAAAAUCAUCGGAAAGUGAAUAGUUUGAAACAGAAAAGUGAAAAAAGUGUUAAUUCUUUUAGGGAGUGUAGGAAGGAGCAAUUAGAUGAAGCGACUAAGGAAGAUUUUGAUGCAGUUAUGAGGAAUCUCAGAGAGAUGGAGCAUUCACAAGAACCAACGAAGUUGAACUGCAAUUCAUAUGGAGGUGUUAUAACUAGUGCUAAGCGCGAGAUGUCUUCCAAACAAAAGUUGAGCCGGCCCGCCUUAUUCGGCGAAACGCGUAGCGAUAGAGACAAGUUAAUGAACUUCUUUGAACAAAACGGAUGGAUGCAGCCAAAGGCUGAUGUUUAAACAUAGCUGCGAGGUGAGGAGAUCAUGAAAUGAUAUAAUUGUUAACAAUGAUAGUAUAUUUAUAAAAGAAAUGGCCGCUUAUCACUACAAGAUCUAUAAAGAAAAGAAUUAUAUUAACAAGUGGUUUGCCGAGCUCUUGUUAGCAAAAGUAUUAUAUAUUAAUAAGAAGAUAGAAUCACUGAUCUGUAAUGUCAAGUUAAGAGAAUUUGCAGGCCUGGUGCUAAUGGGGUCAAAGUACAUUUUUGAAUACAACUUAAACCACAUUUUACCAUUUGUACUAAAAACUGCAUAACCAUAGAAUUACUAAUAUCAAUAAAAUGACGUCAAAGGGAUUUGUUAUAUCACAGUCCUAAUUUUACUUGCUUAUUGAAUGACAAAAAUGUACCACAGGUUCGGAUAUAAACUCGGAGAACAACUUCUGUAUGUUGCUUAAAAAAAGUCUGAUUAAAAACUUUGUUACUUUAUAAGGGUCAAUAUCUAUAAGACUUAUUGAUAUUGGCCCUUUUAACCACCAGGCCACAGUAAUUUACAUAUUAUUUUAAUAAUCAAGUGUAAAAUGUUAGCAAAUAUAAAAAAUAAAGUUUAAAGAAUAAAAAAAGUGUAGAUUAUACUUAUAUAUCAAAAAUAUUUGCUUUUGGUCUCACACUGGUUUGUGACAACAAUAUUAUCAUUUACAUAUAACAAUGUUAUUAUUUUAUUGUUAUAUUUGUAAGGGAUUUUGUCAAAGACUUCAAUUUAAAACAACUCACUGCUCUAUCGUUUAUCGAUCACUGAUUGGUCCGCUUCUAAAGUAAUUUCAUGCAAUCAACGAAACGACCAAUCAAACGCGUCAAAACGAUAACAUCCUAGUGUUGCUAUUAAUAAGUAAAAAUUACUCUAAGUACCAGUGUUGAUGAUAUCGAAGUUUGUAUAGCGUCGUAGUCACUUAUAAUUUUAAGGAACAUAUGAAUAUUAGUUUGAUGAUCAUAAUUUUAAGUUUGUAUUGAAAUUUACCAAAAUUUGUUGUAAUUAUAUAUCAAUAAACAUGUACAUUUUAUAAUAUAUUAUUUUCUACGAUUUAAGCCUUCAUUGUCGUUAAGUGUUCCACGAGAAUGUCACCUAGGCAUCAAAUGACCUUGAAAAAAUUGUCACUUACGUGAUUCGCGGAUAAUUUUCGUUCGUAAUGUAAUUAGUAUUUAAUAAAUAGUGCUUUCGCUACGAGCUCGGCCUAUAAGGUAGUAUGUAACUAUAAAUCUUUUAGUUUUAAGGUAAUACAUGACCUAUUUAAAACCGACCGCAACGUGUAUACGUGUAUGUCCCACUGCGCCAUAUCCAAUUAUUCAGAGCUAGUUGUAACACAUUUUACGGUGGUUACUGUUCGUAAAGCUAUAAGUGCUCUUUCACACAAACAAGCAAAACAAUUUAAACUGAAAGUCGUUGCCUUAUAAAAUAUCUUGAAAUAGUUUUUCAUAAUCUUACAUACAUAAAUAAUACCUUUCAUAGCAGUCGAUAAUAAUAAGUAAAUUGGUGUAUGUAACAUAUUUUUGUAUUAAAAUUGUUAUUAACGUUUAAAGAGGAAAGUAUAAACUGAACAUCGAAUUUAUUAAUAUGGCGCAGUGUCUGCGACUGGCAACAUUCAUCAUCCUCUUGUCUCUGACUACAAAUUUUUAUAGCAAUAAACAAUGCCUUAUUUUCAAUAUAACCUACACAUGGUUAAAACGAAUGUGUGCUGCAUGUGGUCGGUUUAAAAUAUGUCGAGGGCAAAAAACAGACGCUUAGAACAAGGAAAUACAGUAAUAAGAGAUUGCACGAUAUGUUCCUAUUGCGUCUUGAUAAUGUUGGAAAUAUGAUGAAUGAAUUUUUUGAACCAAAUCUCUGUACACAAGCGAUUGAUUUUAUAAAAACUAGGCCUGUAUAGACUACUGUAUUUUGUAUAAAAGGUUAGAAUUAUAUAGUUUUACAAAUUUCUUUUGAAACACACUGUAUAAUAGAUGUUCGCUGCUCCACGUUUAAAUUCACAAAUUUAUCUUCAUUUUGUUUUUUGUUUAUUUUAAUUGUUUCCUUAAUUUGACAUAUUUAUAUAUAAAUAUAUAUAUAUAUGUAUACAUUUUUCAUUCCAUGAUAUUUUUAGAUUCUAAAUUGAAUCUUAAUAGUUUUUGUACGUAGAUUGAUAUGUUUCUCUUGUUCUGUUUUCAUUGUGGUGAUUCGAUUACUUUAGUUUUACAUAAUCUCCUAUGGUUUGGAACGCAUAAAGCCUAUAUAAUAACCUAAAUGGAAAAGAUGAUCAGAAAACUGUCGUACAUAGAACUGUUGUAUAUAAUCUUGAAAGUUUGUUUUAAAUGUUCAUUUUUGGCUUUGUAUUAUUUUAUUUUUUUCUUAUUAGGUGUGAUAUAAAUAUAGUAUAUAUAUUAGCGUUUACUUGUUUUAGUGGUAUCUGUGCUGCGUUCACGUGUAUGUACCAUAAUGUAGGUGACAUUUUGUUUUUUUUUUCUAUUUCUUGUCUCUUUCUAAUUGACACUGCCAGUAUUCUCCCUCGUCCAAAGCAACGUGGAGCAGUUUAUUUUAAUACAUAUGCGAGAUGUUAUAAAGGUUUAUUUAUGGACGGAAUAUUUAGGUUCAGUUUGUAAUUAUGAUGUAAAGUUUUUUAACCUGAAAUCCCAAAUUAUGUCCAAUGUAAUGUAAUGAUGAAUAAAUAUUUAUAAUGAAUAG